GUAUGGACAAAUCUACUCUUGUUCAUACCCAAAUUAAAAAAAUUAUUAUUCACUUCUUAUCCUCCCCAAUCCCGAUCAUAUCCAAUGAAUAAUUAACUUUGUACUGUAUAUAUACACAUUUUCAAUUUAAUAAUUUUACCCAUACCCUUUCCAUUUGAAAUGGGUAUGGAGAAUGGAUACACAUUGGCAGGCCUAAUGUAGCCCUUGAUAUCCUGGUGAAGCCGUGAAGGUGAACUAGCGACAGCCCGCCAAACAAGGACUAACCAUGUGGCACAACUUGCUUGCCGGCACGCCAAACAAGGACUAACCGUGUGCGAAAUAUCAGGGGUGCUGCGCGCCAAAAUCUUGCCUUGUUUGCACAGCGAAACGGCUCAACUGCACAGACGCUCGUGCCAAACCUCCCCUUCCGCAACGCGUCUUGUUUGCCUGUCGUGGUAUGCGACCCUUGAAGCACUUCUAUAUUAGACGCAUCAUCGUAGUAGGAAGAACAGAACAAGAAGCCGUCGACAAAGAAGAAAUUCGAGCUCCAACGACGACACUGUUUCAGUUAGCCUUAUCCCAAGGCCUUCUCUUCAGCUCUUUUUUGAGUCCACCUGGUAUAAUCCUUGCAAGAUGGUCGGACCGAUCGUGCUCGCGGCGUCCGCCGGCCUCGGCAUGCUCGCCGGCCUCGCGACGGCGGACAGGUGCUCCUCCUCCUCCGGCGGCGCGCGGGGGCUGAGCUGCGUGGCGUGCGGCGGCACGGGGAAGGUGGCCUGCCUCUGCGCCCGGUGGUCGGACGGCGACGACGUCGGGUGCCGGCCGUGCGCAGGGACCGGACGCACGCCGAGCCGGAGGUGCCGCGGCCCCGGCCGCACCGGGCGGCGGCACGAGCCCGUGCGGGUGGUCGUGCGCGCGCAGAGGCCCCUGGAGGCUGUUACAAAAGCCAGGAAAUGACGAGUUCCUCGCGCUAAAAUCGUAGCGAUGUUGUAGCAACUAGGCUACUAGCUUAGCAAGCUUCCAUAUGCUUCAGCAUCCCAUCAGCGUCGUUUCGUUGUACAUUAUGUGUUGCAGGGCUAGUUCUCUCGGAACAUACGAGGAUCUUGAGGUUGCACUUAUUCUUCUGAUAUAUCUUAUUAAUCUAUUACAUCAUUUAGAAUUUGCUUUCCA